AUGUCAUCCAAAGAGACGAAGCAUUGUUCUGAGCCUAGACCGCUAGAUAAGACUGCAGCUUUCCAGUAUCAGCCCUUGGACGAAGCAAUCGACUGCACACGAUUCUUGAGGAUCCACCCUGCAAGAAAUGACCAGGACCCUAUCAGCUGCGAUUUGGUGCACAUUGCAUUCGUCGCGAGACCAAGCUAUGAAGCUCUGUCGUACAGAUGGGGCGGAGAGGCUUUUACACAGUCCAUCAUGCUUAACGGCCUUGCCUUAUCCGUGGGCAAGAAUCUCCACGAUGCCCUCUCUUAUCUUCGAAACCAAGGCAACUUUGGACUUCUUUGGGUUGACGCAAUCUGUAUUGACCAAGGAAACGUACAGGAGCGUAAUAGACAGGUCUCCAUUAUGAGCCAUAUAUACUUCAGAGCAGACACGGUCGUGAUAUGGCUUGGAAGCUCUUAUUCGAAAUACGAGGGAAACAUGAGACCUCUGACUUCGCGCGUGACUCCUGACGACAUCUUCCUGGACGGCGCCUUGCGCUCUUCCACCACUCCCGAAUCCUGUGACGAAACACAUACAGCAAACCUGGAUCUUCAGCGCAAGAUGAUGCUUGAGUUGGCAAAAGACGAGUAUUGGAAGAGAGUCUGGAUCAUCCAAGAGAUUGGGCUUGCUCAGAAGAGGCGCGUCUGCUUCGGUACUACAGCCAUGUACUGGAAAGACUUUAUUAUGAUGAUGGCUCUGCACCAAAUUCCUUCCGAAGGACCUAUGCUGCUGGAUGAGCUAAUUGAUGAGAGAUUCAAAGGCUCCCACAGGCUCAAGAGACUCCUCUCACAACACAAACACGCCCUCUGCAAGGACCCUAGGGACAAAAUUUAUGGAUUGAUCGGCCUCGCGGUGGAUGGCCACGGCUUUCCGAGAAUUGAUUACGAUAAAUCGCUAUUUCAAAUCUGGACAGACACUAUGGAGUUCAUGAACAGCCAUCAAAUGUUCGAGGAAGAGAAAGAGGAUAACAUUAUCGAAUACGGAAAGUUGGUGAAAUUUCUGCUUAUGGGAGUGGAAAGUACGCCCCUUCAAGAAGUGCUACGACCAUACACAACAAAAGGCGAAAUUUCAUUCGACGCAAACGCCGAAGAAUCCAGAGCCUUCAGCAUAAUGGGGUCGUUGAUUGGUUGCAUCCAGUCUAUUGGGCCUUCGGCGAAAGAUGUCGCCGGUAAACUGAGCGAAGUUGAUGCAUGGUCUUUCAGAGUGCAAGCCAACUACCAGCAUGAUCUUGGCUCUGCCUUUGCGCAAAGCAACAACCUUCUAAGAACCAUCUUGAGCAAGACAGAAGCAGAACUUUACACUGGCUAUUGGAGAACAUCUUCGACGCGAUGGAAGAUGGGGGUUGCUCCAGGCCAAGCAGCACGGGGUGAUCUUAUUUUCUGGGUCCAGGGCACCAAAACGGCACUGCUCGUCAGACCAACAGAGUUUUCCACACUUGGGAGAUCUAAGAUCAGCUGCACGGACUAUAGCGCAAGACUUCAAGUAGUAGGCACCGCAAUGGUUGCUGAAGACAUUGCAGACCCAAGUAUUGAUCAUCCUGCACGGUUAGACGAGUUGAAACAAGAGGGGCCGGGUCGGAGAUUGGAAUUGAAGCUGGAUGCUCCAACGGUCUACAUCAUCUUACCAAGCGCUUAG